AUGAGAUACGUUCUUUUCUCGCUGAGCGCAUUUGUGCUCUAUGCUAUCUUCUACUUCUCGUACAUCAAUGGUCUUGACGAGCUGGGCCGCAAUUCCGUGGCAUCCGGAAAGCUCCCUGGCACAGAUGCGCCGCUCCGUACAGUCUAUACCGGAGUCGAGGCUAUCGACCAUGUUUUAACUCUUUUGACGACUUUCUUUUAUCCAUCACUCGAUGGCCAAAGCCCUACACUUCUGCUCCACAGUAUUUCAUUUUCGGGUACCUUUGGCGCUGCUUGGACCCUAGUCGUUUUGGAGUCAUGGCGCAAGGGUAACGUGGGAACUAUCGCUGCCUAUCCUGCUAUCUUUGGUCUCACAGCCCAACUAAUGACUUUCGCCUUCGCGACUCCAUUGAUCUGCGGUCUCCAACUGGGUUGCUCAGUGACUGCUCGCCUUCCCAAUGCGGACAACAUUCGAGUACCGCGCGUGGUUCUAGCGGUACUGCCGCUCAUGUUCCUGAUUGGAUACAUGGUGCCGACUCAAGCGAUGGUGAUACCUGCCCCAUCUUUGAUGUCCAUCGAUAUGAAGCAGAUUGCCAUUGCAAUCUGGCAGCCUUGGCCUGCAUAUGUGUCCAUCCUAACGACGGUGGCCUACUACGUUCUGUCACCCUUCUUCCCGAACAACCACCGAGCGUCCAUGUCCGGUCUGCGUUGGGUAUACGCAUCUGCCUUCGCAAAUGCGACCUUGACUCACCUCGUUUCAUGGAUUGUCUCCCUCGCCACUGUUGCUGUUCCUGGAUUGUUCAACGAGCAAUAUCUGAGUGAUCUCCAUCCAUCCAAGGUCUUUGCUAUUCCUCUGCCGUGGUCUGGGGCUAAGGUCGAGACGGUAGCUGAGGGCGUGCACUACUUCUUGCGAUGGGAUUACCUGAUUGGGUCCGCGGGUGUCCUUCUUUGGGCCUUGACUUUGUACAGCGUUGCUCACAAGCAAAUCCUGAGCACUGUUUCCUGGCCAGGUCUUUUGGUCAAGGUUGCUGUGUUGACCAUUCUGACGGGACCGACUGGCGCUGCCGUGGAAUUGAUGUGGGAGCGCGACGAGCUGGUUUUCAAGGAGACCGGUGGCUCUCGGCAACAAGCUAUCAAGGACAAGAAGUCUCUUUGA